GGCCGAUGCCCUCUCUCAGGUUUCUCUCUAGUCUGCUUGAUCCAUAAUGGAGACGGUGGAAUUGUCAGAGGACAUUUCACUGAGGACACAAUUUACUGUCGACAAUCUAGACAUAGAAAUAUUGCCGCUUAUUUACGAGAUUAUUCGCAGCAUUGAGAAAGAUCCACAUGAUACUUCGCAAAAGGCAAAAGAGUCUCAAGAUACCAGCCACAAAAUCCUAGAGUUACAGAAGAAGUUAGACUCUGCGAGGUCGCAGAUUAAAAGAUUACCAGGAAUAGAAUAUAGUAAGGAAGAACAAUUGCAAAAGCUCGAGACUUUGCGCAAACAAUUGAGACUAAAGCGUGAACUUCUAUUGAAAUAUCGUAAUACAUGCACAUUUGAAAUACCGAAAGUAUAAACGCGCACGUACGCGUUUGCGAACAUAAAGAAAAAUAAUUUCGAGGAUGCCUCUAAAACUUCUUUUCCGGUACUUAUUCAAU